AGGUCAGCACUUGACAAAUACAGCUGUUGUAUUCUCGCCACGUUGGAAGAGUUGAGUUGGGAUUUGACCGAAACUUUUAUAUGUCAUUAUAAAUUUUGUCGUAAACAAUUUUGUUUUUUAUUUAAACGUCAUCAUUAAAAACAUAGGAUAAGAUGAAGGUAAAAGAAUUAUUGAAGACUGUCAAUGUGGCCUGGUCACCACCAAGCCAACAUCCAAUAAUGUUAGCUGCUGGAACAUCAGCUCAACAACUUGAUGCAAGUUUUAAUACGUCAGCAAGUCUUGAUUUGUAUAAUCUUAAUUUACAAAAUCCUGGCUAUGAUAUGGAGCUAAAAGCAAGUGUUCCAACAGAACACAGAUUUCAUCAAAUAAUUUGGGGUUCUUAUGGACAAAAUCCAGCUGGUAUAGUUAUUGGUGGUUGUGAACAAGGAACAAUAAAAAUAUAUUCAGCUGAUAAAAUGUUGUCAAAAAAUAAUGAUUGUUUAUUAACAACAUUAAAUAAUAAUACUGGUCCAGGUCCAAUUCGUGCACUUGAUUUAAGUCCAUAUCAAUCAAAUUUAUUAGCAUCUGGUGCAACUGAAAGUGAUAUAUUAAUAUGGGAUAUUGCUAAACCAGGUAAACCAUUUACACCUGGCACUAAAAGUCAACCACCAGAAGAUGUACAAUAUAUACAAUGGAAUAAACAAGUACAACAUAUACUUGCAUCAACAUUUUCACAACGUUGUAUUAUAUGGGAUCUUCGUAAAAAUGAAGCAAUUAUUAAAUUAACUGAUCCAACAUCAAAAGCAAGAUGGAAAACAAUACAAUGGCACCCUGAAACAGCAACACAAUUAUGUUUAUCAUCUGAAGAUGAUCAAUCACCAAUAAUACAAGUAUGGGAUUUAAGAUUUGCAACAUCACCACUUAAAGUACUUGAACAACAUACAAGAGGUGUAUUAUCAAUAGCAUGGAAUACACAAGAUUCAAAUUUAUUAUUAAGUUGUGCUAAAGAUAAUACAAUAUUAUGUUGGAAUCCAAAUUCUGAUAAUAAAGGUGGUGAAGUACUUUGUCAGUUAGCACAAACAAAUCAUUGGAAUUUUGAUGUAUCAUGGUGUCCAAGAAAUCCAGGUCUUGCUGUUGGUAGUAGUUUUGAUGGUCAUGUUGUUGUUUAUUCAUUACUUGGUGGACAACAACAACAAUCAACAACUGAAACAACAAAUAAAAUUGCUGAAUCAUUUCCUGGUAUGGAUCCAUUUACACAAUCACCACCACAAAUUAAAUCAGAACCAGCAGUACCAUUAAAAAUAGCACCAAAAUGGUUAAAAAAACCAAUUGGUGCAUCAUUUGGUUUUGGUGGAAAAUUAACAAUAUUUGAGAAUGAAAAAAUAAUUGAUAAAAAUACAAAUACAACAACAAUUGGUAAAAAAGUAUUUAUAUCACAAGUUGUGACAAAUCCAGAAAUGAUAAAACGUUCAAAUAAUUUAGAGACAACAUUAAAAAAUGAGCAGUUUUUUGAUUUUUGUCAGACAAAAGUUGAAACAGCAAAUGAUGAACAUACAAAAAAAAUAUGGAAUUAUGUUGGUGCAUAUUUUAGUGAUGAUAUAACAAAAAAAUUUUUAGAAUUGCUGGGUUAUAAUUUUUCAUCAAUAAAUGAAAAAUUAAAUAAAUUUUUACCACAAGAUGAUAUUGACAAUAUUACGGAUGGGAUUAAUAAAUUAGAUAAUUUACAAAAUGGUAAUGAUUUUAAUGAUGGUAGUGAUGCAUUUGAUGUUAUUGCACAACAAGAACAAAAAAAAAAUAUUACAUCUAAUAAACCAUUAAAUACAAAUUUAAUGAUAAAUACAUCAGACGAUGAAGAUGGAUUAAUAACACAAGCAAUAUUAGUUGGUAACAUUGAAGCAGCAGUAUCACUUUGUUUUACAUCAAAACGUUAUGCUGAUGCAAUUAUUUUAUCAAUGGCUGGUGGUCCAGAAUUACUUGCUAAAGCACAAUAUAAAUAUUUUUCUGAACAUACUGGUGCAUUAAAUUCAUUAAUAAAUUCACUUGUUAGUGAUAAUUGGAGUGAUAUUGUUUAUAAUUGUGAUAUUAAUUGUUGGAAAGAAACACUUGUUGGUAUAUUUACACAUUCAAGUGUUUCUGAAUGUUCUUUACUUUGUGAAAAACUUGGUGAUCGUCUUGCAUCAAGUGAUAAUCCAGAAUUAAAAAAACAAUCACAAAUUUGUUAUAUAUGUUCUGGUAAUUUAAAUAAAAUUAUACAAGUAUCACAGUAUGGUAUACAAGAAACUGUUGAAUUGGUUAUGAUUAUGAAAAGAGCACUUGAAAUUCAACGUUUUAAAACAGUUACAAUUGAUGGUAAUAUUGCUACUAUAUUAUCACAAUAUGCUGAAUUAUUAGCAUCAGAGGGUGAUUUUAAUUCAGCAAUGAAUUAUGUUGGUCAUGGUCAAGAUCCAAAAAUUGUUUUAUUAAGAGAUAGAUUAUCAAAAGUUUUAAAUCCCGUACAGCCGACUGUACAAAAAUCUAUUCCAGCAAAACCAUUAUCUCAAUAUUACAAUCAACAAUCACCUAUACAAUCAUAUAAUCAAUCAAAUCCUGCAUCAUACACUUCACCUCAAGUUCAACCAUGGAAUACAAAGCCAACAAUGAAUUCUUUUUCAUUGAAUCAACCAUCAAAUCAAUUUUCGCAUAUGACAUCACCAAUGCAACCAAUUCAACAACUUGCUCCACAAGUUCCACCAUUAGUAUCAAGUUAUAAUCAAUCUCCUGUUCAGCCAGUUCAAUCAUUACCUAUGCAACCUCAAAUACAACCACCACCACCACCAUCAGCAUCAUCAAGUCAAUUACCUUCAUCAAGGCCAUCAAGUGUUGGACCACACAAUAAAAAAUACAUGAUUGAUCCUUCAGUAAAAAGUGGACCAUCAUACAAUUCAUAUAAUCAACAAGCACAAAUGUAUAAUCCUUUAGUUAAUGAAUAUUCAUCACCAAAUAAUUAUCAACAACAAUCACCAGUACCAACUUAUCCAUCACAACCAUCGAUGUAUAAUCAAAUUGAGUCUGAAAAUUAUAAUUCAUCUCAAACUAAUAUUAUGUCACCUUCAAUGCCUGGUGUUCAAAAUAUUGAACCAAGCUUAUAUACACCAUCAAGAAAUCAAGCACAAAUGCAAAAUUACAAUAAUGAGCCAGUUUAUCAACCACCUCCACAAAAACCAGGUUGGAAUGAUCCACCAGUAGCUAAAUCCCAUCGACCACAGGCUCAUGGAACUGAAUAUCAAGCACAAAGUCCAAUUAUGUAUCCAACUCCGACAUUGCCACAACAAGAAUUUAAUCAACCUGAGGAGAGUUAUCAUCAAGAGUAUAACUCACCUUAUGGUACUAAUAGAAUGCCAAUGCAUUCUGGUUAUGAUAAUAUGCAACAAUCUGUACCACCACUUCCACAAGUACAGCAAGCACGUAUAGUUGAACCAGAAAAACCAAAAGCUCCAAUUCCAGAUGAACAUUUACACUUGAAAACUGUUUUUGAUGAAUUAAAAUUACAGUGUCAUGAAAGUGCCAAAAAUCAGCAAACAAAAAGGAAAAUUGAAGACGUUGCUAAAAAACUUGAAGUACUGUAUGAUUGCCUUCGUGACAAUUCAUUGUCAAUGAGCACAUUGCAAGGACUUCAUCAAAUAUCCCAGUUAAUACAGACAGGAAAUUACAUGAAUGGUUUGAGUAUACACUCACAAAUGGUGGCAGGACCAGACUUUAGUCAAAUUGCUUCAUUCAUGCCCGGUAUCAAAGUGUUGUUACAAUGUGCACUUCAAUUAAACGACAAUAUUCUACAGUGAUAAUGAAUUAUUGUCUGGACUUUCUCAAGCUGGUUUUACUUCGAAAAAAUUACGUUCAGAGUCAAAAUAUAAUGAGAAAAAAUGACGCUGAUAAAAUGGAGUAAAUU